AGAUGCUGUUCCUUCUGUUGAUCGCGGCCACUGUCCUGCCUUCUUCUGGCAUCAAUGUCAAUGGGACAAUCAACAACGAAGGAGUUUGUCUCUGCUCCGUGGUUUUGCCUGAUACGUCAUUCCCAGUGGAAAAAAUGGAAUAUUUAGAAAUAACAACCGAGGAGCUCAAGAGCAAAGUGGAACUGGAGAUCAGCAAGGUGCAGGAAUACUCGAGGGCUGUUUCUGUGCACUCCUCCAAGCUGGUGAACCUGACCCUCCGCCUGGAGAAGAUGGAGACUGAACACGGCUACACUCAGCUUGACUUUGAGCUGUUGAAGUUGGAGAUCCAAGAGCUGGAGGCACUCACCAAUCAGCUGAAGCAGUCCCUCAAUGGCAGCAACAGCAUCAUCGAUCAGCUCUACAUGGAGAUUAUAAAUAUAUCCCGUAUUGUCAAUGAGCUGGAAUCAUUUGACAUACACAACGCUCUGGCAAUACGCAAAGAAAUUACUCUGCUGAAGAAACAGCUCGCUGACUGUGAGAAGAAUCAAGCCCCACCAACCCUUCCUCCCAUUGAUUUCGGAAGCUGUGAUCAUAAUGGCCUUCUCCAAUUGAGCGAACCUACCGUAAUACAACUGAACUAUAAUGGAUUUGGUUAUCGAUAUGGAGCAUGGGGCAAAGAUUCAAUUCCACCCCCUGAUAAAAAGGAGCUAUAUUGGGUGGCACCACUCUACACAGAUGCACGAACACUGUAUUCCUUCAUUGUCUAUUAUUCACUUAAUGAUAUGCUACUUAACAAAAAUGGAAUAACCAAAUCAUUUCCAAGUUCAUUCAUAGCACAGGGAAGUGGAAUGGUUUUGUACGAUAAUUUCUUGUAUUACAACUGUUACAAUACCAGAGACAUGUGCAGGUAUCACAUAGACACAGGCAGAGUACAGAGCCAGACUCUUAAAGAUGCAGCUUACAAUAACAAGUAUUCUUAUGUGGGCGUCACAUACCAAGACAUAGACUUUGCUGUGGAUGAAUCUGGCCUUUGGGUCAUUUACUGCCCUGAAGCAAAUGCCGGGAAUGCUGUUAUUGGUAAGAUUAAUGAGGCCACCUUCACUGUGGAAAAGACAUGGGUCACCAAGCUUUACAAACCUAGUGUGUCCAAUACUUUUAUAAUAUGUGGGGUUCUGUAUGCAAUUCGGCCUGUGCAACCACAGUCUGAGGAAAUUUUCUAUGCAUUUGACACCAAAACUGGGAAGGAAGAGUCAAUUUCUAUAACAAUGGAUAAGAUCCUGGAAAAACUGCCAAGUGUUAACUACAAUCCAACCAAUCACAAACUCUACGUGUACAAUGAUGGCUACCAGUUGACUUAUGAUGUGAUCUUCAGACGUGAACCACCAGUGAGCAACAGUGGGAUUGCCAAUUGA